AGACUAUUAAAUGCUUCAUCCACCCUUCACCCUUGCAUCCAAGACGUACUUUCUCCUCUCUCGAUUUCGAGCAAAAUCUCUCCGCCCGCCGCCCAUUAGCGUGUAGAGAAGGAUGGGUACUGACGGUCCAGUCGGCAACAGCUAUCCGGAGGAAAGCUCCUUCAAUGUUGAGAAGAAGGUUGCAAAUGACAAGGACGUCGACAAGUGGCUCCCCAUCACAGCGAACAGGAACGCCAAGUGGUGGUACUCAACUUUUCACAAUGUCACGGCCAUGGUUGGUGCAGGCGUGCUCAGCCUGCCUUAUGCUAUGUCAGAGCUUGGAUGGGGUCCCGGUAUUGUUGUGUUAGUCCUCUCAUGGAUCAUCACUCUCUAUACUCUAUGGCAAAUGGUUGAGAUGCAUGAGAUGGUGCCUGGAAAAAGGUUCAACAGGUACCAUGAAUUGGGCCAGUAUGCCUUUGGAGAAAAGCUUGGCUUGUACAUAGUUGUUCCACAGCAACUAAUUGUUGAGGUCGGCGUCAACAUCGUCUACAUGGUCACCGGUGGCAAAUCAUUGAAGAAGUUCCACGACACCGUCUGCCCCAACUGCAAAUCCAUUAAGCUCACAUACUUCAUCCUGAUCUUUGCUUCUUGCCACUUUGUCCUUUCCCAGUUACCGGAUUUCAAUUCAAUUUCCGGUGUCUCCUUGGCAGCUGCAGUCAUGUCCCUAAGCUAUUCUACAAUCGCUUGGGCAACCUCUGUCAACAAAGGGCAACAACUAGACGUAGACUAUAGCUUAAGAGCUUCAACAAAUGUAGGGAAAUUUUUCGGUGUACUGAGUGCACUCGGGGAUAUUGCUUUUGCGUAUGCUGGCCACAAUGUUGUGCUGGAAAUCCAGGCAUCUCUCCCUUCAACACCAGAGAAACCAUCUAAAAAGCCCAUGUGGAAGGGUGUUAUCUUUGCCUACAUCAUUGUUGCACUCUGCUACUUCCCUGUUGCACUUGUUGGCUAUUGGGCAUUCGGCAACUCUGUUGAAGACAAUGUCUUAAUCUCCUUGAGCAAACCAGCAUGGCUGAUCGCCGCUGCCAACAUGUUUGUGGUCAUCCAUGUUAUUGGAAGCUACCAGAUUUAUGCAAUGCCUGUAUUUGAUAUGAUUGAAACUGUACUUGUGAAGAAGCUUCACUUCACGCCAAGUUUUCCCCUUCGAUUGGUUUCACGCAGUCUGUAUGUUGCAUUCACAUGCUUUGUUGCCAUAACGUUUCCCUUCUUCGGAGGUCUGCUCGGCUUCUUUGGUGGAUUUGCAUUUGCGCCGACGACAUACUUCCUUCCGUGCGUCAUGUGGCUGGCUAUUUACAAGCCUAAAAGGUUCAGCUUAUCUUGGAUUACGAACUGGAUCUGCAUUAUUCUCGGCGUCUUGCUCAUGGUCCUAUCGCCCAUUGGUGGACUGAGACAGAUCAUUGUGAAUGCUAAGACCUACAAGUUCUACUCGUGAUCUUCAUGAGGACGUUGUAUAACCAUUCGUGGAGUAUUGGACUUCGGUCAAGACAACAAUUUGACCAUUCUGAAAGUGAAGGAAAGAAUGUCACAGGAAGGCUAAAAGACUCUUAGCCUUUUAGUUGUUGUUUGGGUAGCGGCUUAAUUACUUCAAUCCAAUGCUAGAUAGCUUUUUAUGUCUAUAGGAAACAAUGCCGCCACAGGUUUCUGAAAAAGCACUCGCUUCGUUAUUCAUUGUCUCUAUUCUUUGCAAUUUGGUGUGUAACCUUGUUAUAAAUAAUAAUGUGAAAUGAAUCAACUCAGUUUCUCUGUC